AUGUCAAGUACUGUGUCCUACUGGAUUCUCAGUUCUGCAAGGAAGACCAUUGCCACAUUAGAGGGGAGACAACGUUUAUAUUCAAGGUAUGCCUCAAAUAGGAUUAAAUCAAAAUGGAGACUCUUUCCUCAGGGGCCAGCCACCCUAAAAGACAACGCCGCUGCAUGUGGUAGCAUUGCUCUGCGGAAAGCCUACAGACACACAUCAACGGAGGAAGAGGACUUCCACUUACAGCUCAGCCCUGAGCAGGUAAAUGAGGUCCUGCGAGCUGGUGAGUCGGCCCACAAGAUUCUUGACCUUGUCAGCAGAGCUCCAGAUUCAGUGUUACGGUUUGAGAGCAACCAGCUAGCUGCCAAUUCCCCAGUGGAGGACCGGGGAGGUAUAGCUGCCUGCCUGCAGACCAAUGGACUGCUGUUUGGCAUCUUCGAUGGACAUGGUGGCCACGCAUGUGCUCAAGCAGUGAGCGAGAGGCUCUUCUACUAUAUGGCUGUGUCACUAAUGUCCCAGCAGACUCUGGAGCAAAUGGAGGAGGCCAUGGAAAGCAUGAAGCCCCUGCUGCCCAUCCUUCAGUGGCUCAAGCACCCAGGGGACAGUAUCUACAAGGAUGUCACGUCGGUGCACCUUGAUCACCUCCGUGUCUACUGGCAGGAGCUGCUAAACCUGCACAUGGAAAUGGGGCUGAACACUGAGGAAGCAUUAAUGUACUCCUUCCAGAGACUGGAUUCUGACAUCUCGCUAGAGAUUCAGGCCCCCCUCGAAGAUGAGAUGACCAGGAACCUUUCACUCCAGGUUGCUUUCUCAGGGGCAACGGCUUGCCUGGCCCAUGUUGAUGGGGUUCACUUGCACGUGGCAAAUGCUGGUGACUGCCGGGCCAUCCUUGGUGUCCAGGAAGACAAUGGCAUGCCAGAGGUCACCUAUCACAGGCUGAGGCCCCAGGAUAAGUUCCUCGUGCUGGCCUCUGAUGGGCUGUGGGACAUGCUGGGCAAUGAGGAUGUGGUGAGGCUGGUGGUGGAGCACCUGGCUGAAGAGGGUCAGCACAAGCCAGACCUGGCCCAGAGACCCACCAACCUGGGACUCAUGCAGAGCCUGUUGCAGCAGAGGAAAGCCCAGGGCCUCCACGCGGCCGACCAAAACGUGGCCACACGUCUGAUCAGAUACGCCAUAGGGAACAACGAAUACGGGGAGAUGGAGCCUGAGCGGCUGUCGGCGAUGCUGACGUUGCCAGAGGACUUGGCGAGGAUGUACAGGGAUGACAUCACAGUCACCGUGGUGUAUUUCAACUCAGAAUCAAUUGGUGCCUCUUCCAAGAGGAGUUAA